AAAUAGAAGGAAGGAAGAAUAAGUGCGCGCAAUGAGUACGCAACCUCCCGCCGUGAAGAUGAAAGAGCUGCGCCUGCCAAUCUCGAGGGUGAAGACGAUCAUGAAGAGCUCGCCUAGCGUCGACACCGUCGGGCAGGACGGCUUGUAUUUGGUCACAAAAGCCACGGAAUUAUUCAUACAUUACCUGACAGAGGAGGCACACAUGCAAAGCAACAAGGGAUCCUCUCUGGAUUACAAACACCUGGCGGAGGUGGUGCAGACUAACGACACGCUGGAGUUCCUGCGGGAGAUAAUGCCCAGGAAGAUUACCGUACGACAGUUCAAGGAGAUGAUGGAGGCCAAGGAGGCGUCCAACAGCAGCAGCUCGUCCGAGAGCAGCUCGGACUCGGACAGCGACAGCGACUCCGACACGGACUCCUGUUCGGACAGCGACGAAACCAAGGGGGACAACGGCAACUCGUCGGGUAGCGAGCGGGAGAGCGAGACCAAGGAGAACGGCGCUUGUCAUUCGGAUAGUGACAAAAGUGAGAGCAGUGUGAAAAGUGAUAGUGAGGAGAACAAUAAGAGAUGAGAACUCGUUGAAUUUCUACUUCUAGGAGACAGACUCCGAUUAUUUGACAAACCUAGAUUCAUCUCGUGUCUUUCUACAAAAUUUUGCAGAUCUGUAAAAUCUAUCCAGUGUCAAGAUCAUGCGUCUAUAUCAGCAGAUCUAGUUUAACAAACGCAGUCAUCAGUAGUGACUCAAAAUUUAGAGACAGGCCACGAGAAUUUGUCUCGAAAGAGGAGAUAUUAUUUUUAUAUGCUCACGAAUGAUGAAAAGUGCACCACACAAGAUCUUUUUACACAUAUUUCUUCUCUCACACAUAUUUUUGUACAUAUAUCUCACGACGUUCAUUAUUCACGCAUUCAAUGUUAAUAAGAUCAAUGUUUUUUUACAUUAAUCAUAUUUAUUUAUGAUCAUGCUUUAGGAUUGGUUUUUUCAUCUUUGAUAACAAUAAAUUGAUGUCACGAUAUUUCGUUUUAUUUAAUCUUUAAGAAUCUUGAAUUAUAUAACAAUCA